AUGUCUAGGCUCGAAAACACGAUUGACAAUCCUGAGCUCAACGAACCUGCGACUGAAUUGGACGGAGAGGGCUCUAUUGGUGGCGUUCAUAAUUCUCCAGACUACAACAGUAGUCUUAGUUCGACAUCGGAACACCGAGACGAUUACGUUCACGUCGACUUGCCCUACCCAAGCGAGAUCCCUGACGAUAUCCAUCCAUCUGAUUCUGCGUCAGAGUCUCGGCCACGUUCACAUCGUCGACAUACCACUACUUCAUCGCGAGCUCAUCCUCGGCCGCGCCCUCAACCACAGCGGCAAGAUUUGGAACCCGCCGGAUACAGGCAUCGAGAUCCACCGCCUGAUUCACCCGAAAGCGUGGACUCUGCCGAGGAUUACGUUGGGGGGCCCCCAUACCGGCCUAAUCCCCCCCCGCGGCCAGUCUACUAUGGCGGCGGGCAUGGACCACACUUACCUCUUCCAUACGCGCCCAGCAACUCAUCAGGUGCCUCCUACCCGCCUGUACCUGGCCCCCCAUCGAAUCAGAUGGUACAUUAUGGGGCGGCUGCCCCGGCGCCGUACGGUCCGCACUACCCGCCAAUGGGUGUACCUCCACCCGCAGGAUAUCCCCCGCCAGCCCAGCCUUACCCAAUGAGCCACCAUUCCGGUUCCCAUGUCGGCUCUCCUCCCUUUGGGGUGCCGCCACCAUUCGCUGGCCAGCCGAUGAUGCCUUAUGCGCCGGCGCCGGGGUAUUUUCCACCCCAAUAUCCAGCUGUCUUCGCACAACCCCCGCCAUGGGAUCCUUAUCAACGCUUCCGUCAAUCACCUGCUCCUCCUCCUCCGAAUCCUCCUCCUCCGCCUGCGCCUGCGCCUGCGCCUGCGCAACCGCCACCAGCACCAGCGCCGCAGCAACAUUGUCAAACGGGUGGAAGCAAUGCUCUUGGAGGAGAAGAAAGAGCGUGA